GUCACUUCCAGCGAGCAGGAAGGAAAAAAGAACCAAAACAAAAAAAACACGCGAAGUUCUGUAAUGAAAACGAACCAAACAGCUAAACUAGCACCUGAUUUAACCAUGUGGAGCACUCACGUCUGGCGGUGAACGAGCUACUGAACCGGCCCCGUCUGCACCAUGAAUCUAAGAGGACUCUUCCAGGACUUCAACCCCAGUAAGUUCCUGAUCUACUCCUGUCUGCUGCUCUUCUCCGUGCUGCUGUCCUUGAGGCUGGAUGGAGUCAUCCAGUGGAGCUACUGGGCUGUGUUCACCCCGAUAUGGCUGUGGAAGCUGUUGGUCAUCAUCGGGGCCUCUGUCGGCACUGGAGUCUGGGCGCACAACCCCCAGUACAGGGCUGAAGGGGAGACAUGUGUGGAGUUCAAAGCCAUGCUGAUCGCAGUGGGGCUCCACGUCCUGUUGCUGAUGUUCGAGGUGUUGGUGUGCGACCGUGUGGAGAGAGGAAACUACUACUGGCUCCUCGUCUUCAUGCCGCUCUUCUUCGUGUCGCCCGUCUCUGUAGCAGCAUGCGUCUGGGGGUUCAGACACGACCGCUCCCUCGAGCUGGAGGUGUUGUGUUCAGUUAACAUUCUCCAGUUCAUCUUCAUCGCUCUGAGGCUGGACAAGAUCAUCCACUGGCCGUGGCUGGUGGUGUGUGUCCCGCUGUGGAUCCUGAUGUCCUUCCUGUGCCUUGUUGUUCUCUACUACAUCAUCUGGUCUGUCCUCUUCCUCCGCUCCAUCGACAUCAUCGCCGAGCAACGGCGGACCCACAUCACCAUGGCAAUCAGUUGGAUGACCAUUGUCGUACCCCUUCUCACCUUUGAGAUCCUCUUGGUGCACAAGCUGGACGGCCACAACAGUCUGAGCUACGUGUGUGUGUUCGUCCCGCUCUGGCUCUCUCUGCUCACACUCAUGGCCACCACGUUUGGCCAGAAGGGGGGAAACCACU